CUCGCUCCAUAUCGCAGAAGCCCUUGUAGCAAGAAGCUGAAGUGUGUAUUGUGAGAGAGAGAGAGAGAGAGAGAGAGAGAGAGAGAGAGUAUGGCAAGGCACUGUGUUGUGUUGGUUCUUGCUCUCGUAGUAGUCCAAGCUACAGCUAGAAAUGUGCCCAGCGAUGCCGGCCUAAAUGACCAGAAGAACUUCCUCGCGUACGGUGGAGUUGGUGGUUAUGCUGGAACCGGUGGUGCUGGAGUCGGCAGUGGAGUUCCGGUGUUUGGUGGAGUCGGAGGGAUCGGAGGGAUCACGGGGCCAGGCGGUGGAAUUGGGAUUGGAGGCGGUAUAGGAGGUGGUGUUGGCGGUUUGGGCGGUGCUGUGGGUGGCGGCAUCGGGGGAUUGGGUGGUGGAGUCGGCAGCGGGGUCGGAGGUGGCUAUGGAGGGGGCAUUGGUGGUGGCUCCGGCGUAUAUCCUUAAGCUUAUUGUGAUGUUUUCCAUGAAACCCUAGAGUGUGCAAAAAUCAUGCAGGAGACUCAUUUCCCAGUGUCUUUGUUCGUGUAUCAUUACGUAGUAUGCGUGCGAAUGUGUUUGUGUCGUGUCCAUUGACUUGUUCUCAUGUCCUGCCUUCUUCAGAUUGUACUUCUUGUUCUCUCGUUUCAUCGUGGAGUCUUCCAUACGCAAAUGUACCAUGCACUCGCCUAGCAUGUGUUUCAUGAUGUUAUCAGCAACGUAUUUUCUUUAUUCUUGCCUAUUUCACUC